AUGGAGGCGGAUGAGGGGAUCUUGGAGAAGAAGACCAACUGGAGGCUGGGCAACCAUCCGGGGGCAGGGGCGACGGCGGCCAGCCUGCUCACCGACGACCUCAUUCUGGAGAUCCUGUCCCACCUCCCCGCCAGAUCCCUCCACCGCUUCAAGUGCGUCUCCAUGUCGUGGCGCGACCUCAUCGCCGACCCCGCCAACCGCAACAAGCUGCUCCAGACACUCGCCGGCUUCAUCUACACCACCAUAAGCAACAACGCGCGCCACCUCCACUUUGCUGCUGUCUCCGGCGAUGUGGCAUCCUCGUUCGACCCUUGCCUCCCUUGCAUGCGGCCUACCAAGUACAAGGACAUGGCCCUGAUGGACGCCUGCAAUGGCCUCCUCCUCUACCGCGGCUGCUGCAAGAACAAGGUGAACCCUUUGUCUUGGGCAGAGCACGAUUGCCGUUUUGUGGUGUGCAAUCCCGUCACCAGGAGGUGGGUGGAGCUGCCCCCACUGCCCAAGCCGCAGGCGCCGGCGAGCAGACAUAGCACUACCUCAGGCCUGGCUUUCGACCCGGCAGUCUCGUCCUAUUUCCAUGUUCUUUGUUUCGAGCAGGCCUAUUUCGGAACUUGCAUCACAAGAGUGAACAUCUACUCGUCGCGGACAGGAGACUGGUGUCAACGGGACAGUGGGAUGGUUGAGAAAGUUGCCCUGUUCUUCCUGAGCAAAUGUGUCUUCGUCGGCGGUAUGAUGUACGUGAUUGGCAGCCUGGACCGCAUGAAUGUCAAGUAUGCGCUGUUGGGGGUGGACAUGGAGGGAAAAGUAUGGACAACCAUCCGCGUGCCGUAUAGUCGAAGAUUGGGUACGAUUGGAUCUUCUCAAGGGUGCUUACACUAUGCUAUACCUCCUGCCGAUGAUAACAACAAAAUCCUGUUUUCCGAGAGCGCAAUCUGGUGGCUCAAGGAUUGCCAUAGUAAAGAAUUGGUCCUGAAGCAUACCACCAGCAUCGAUAAGCUUAUGAGCAUGACCGGGCAGAGGUAUAAGGUGGUUGGGAUGCAUCCAGAUUGCGAUACCAUUUUCCUGGUUUCAUAUGAACAUGAUACCUUGGUAUCAUACGACAUGCGGCAUCAGAAAGUUGGCCGUAUCCUUAAUCUUGAGAAAGACCACGCACAAUGGUUUCUACCCUAUGUUCCCCUGUUCUCAGGGUCAUUAGCAGUGGCCGAUGGGCAGUAG